GUGUUAAUGACGAAACAAUCCAAUCAUCCAUAAAGGCUCUUUCUUUCUUCCCAAUACCACGUUCGUUCCCUUUUGUCUGCCAAACCCUUUAGCACUCACCAUCAACCAUCCCCCAUUGACUGAGAAAAGAUGGAUUUCGGCAAGAUGAUGGAUGAAGCCGGCAAAGGUUUCGAUGAGUUCGCCAACAACGCAGGGAAGAGCUUCGAGGAAGCUAGCAAGGAAAUGACCGAGUUUGGACAAAAUGCGCAGGAACAGAUUGAAGAGGCUGGCAAGGGAAUGGACGAGUUUGGAAAGAAUGCGCAGAAGCAGGCGGAGGAAGCUGGCAAAGGGGCUGACGAGUUGAGAAAAAACAUGUCUCAAACGUUUUCUGACCUUGUUGGAAACGCUUUGAAGCAGGCCGAGCCGAUCAUAGUCAACGUGACUAACGAGAUUUCAGAGGACGUGAAAGGGGCUCUUGGCAUAGCGCAGGAUGCUAAACAAGAGCUUCCGCUUAUGGCCAUGAGAGUGUCAGACUGGACAUCCAACAUCCUGCCCAAACUAGUUGAGACCGCCGGAGACCUUGGUGAGAGCAUCAAGGAACAAGUCAAAAAGGCUCAAGACUGGGUUUCAGAGAAUCCCGAAGUCAUGAUGUACAUCAUGCUCGGCGUGACGGGCGUCGUCAUCCUCGCGGCACCGGGCUUGCUCAUGACACCAAUUCUGGGUGCCAUCGGUUUUGGUGCUUCGGGCAUCACAGCAGGAUCCAUGGCGGCAGCGAUCCAAUCCGGCAUCGGAAACGUCGCGGCCGGAAGUGCCUUUGCCGGCCUCACGAGCGCGGCAAUGGUUGGUCUUGAGGGUACAGCCAUUGCGGCUGUUGGUCAGGCUAUCGGAGCGGCCAUGGCGGCGGGUGGUGCUGCCGGUGCUGCCGGGAAGUUGAUGAACGAUGCCUAGAAUUUAGAACUUGUCGACGUAUGUCAACACCUGUUUUCGAGGCUUCCAGAAAAUGGAAAUGAACUUGGGCGGAUAGAGAGUAUCUGACAAUCGAUCAAAGAUCCAAGAGCUAGUGAAAUGCCGAUGACCGCGGGAUACGGUAGUUGGACGCAGGAGGCCCGGAGGUCAAAUCCG